AUGGAUGAGCCAAAUGCAGCCGUGACAGCGGAAAGGGCAGCCGGCGAGCCCCCAACCGCCCUCGUGUGCGACAUGGCUGCCGAUGCCGCGCGACAUGCGCAUUCCACACACGACGCCGCCGCUGCGCGAGAAGCAGAAGACGGCGAGGCCACGCCGAGUCAGAGCCAUGGAGCGCUGCCCUACGACGAGAACGACAGCACGCCGCGCUCAGAGGUGCCCUCCCUGCCCGAUGCCGUGACGGCGAGCUUGCUCUCGCAGAUGCACCCGCUGGCACCAGAGUCCAACUACUUCUCUCCACAGCCCCGCCGAUUCUACAGCGCACACCUCCCCCGCUCCACCGCUGCGUCGACCGAGCCCUCGCCCACCUCGAGCACCAACGCAUCCGCCACUUCUAUCAGCAUCCCCGACCCCUCAAGCCACGGCAGCGCCACCGUGCGUGCACAUACCCUCGACGCAAUUCACACACUUCACACAUACGCCGCGUCUCCACAGCAGCUGCGGGAUGGGCCCGUCUAUCCCAACCAGUCCUAUGCCGCCCUCCAUCUCCAGCAGCACCCCAUACCACAUGCUCCCCCGAUUGUCCGCUCGCGCAGCUCGCACCCUGCUCAUUCUGCGGCCAACUCUCUCUCCAGCCUCUCGGGAUUUGGCCUCCCCCACGACCACUACCGCGACGUCAUGGAGUCUGCACCCAGGACUGUCGGCAAUUCCCCAGUCAGCAGUCCCGGUCUCUUCGACCCGAACAACCGCCAUUACAAGCCCAUCGAGCAACCCAAUGACGGUCUCUACUCGAGCCCCUGGCUGCACUUCACCCACAGGCAGGCGCCCAAGGAAACCCACAUUGCCGAUGUCCAGGCCGACCCAGUAUCAGGACGCAAGAUCGUCAACCAGUACGAGAUCAUCGACGAGCUUGGCCGCGGUAUGCAUGGCAAGGUGAAGCUCGGGAAAGAACUCAACAAAGGCCACUAUGUCGCCAUCAAGAUCGUCGACCGCUUUUCCAAACGCAGAAGACUGGGCAAGAGUAGCAGUCACGAGGACAAGAUCAAGCGUGAGAUUGCCAUCCUCAAGAAAGCCCGCCAUCCCAACAUCGUGAGCUUGCUUGAAGUCAUAGACGACCCGGCUAAGAGAAAGGUCUACAUCGUACUGGAGCACGUCGAGUUGGGCGAGGUCCGAUGGAGGAUCGAGGGCGCUAAAGAGAUCUGUCAGGUUGAAUGGCGUCGCUUCAAGCGCGAAUCCAAAGGCAUUUUCGACAACGAGAGUGCACUCUUGGAGGAUGAACGCAUUAUCCGAGUAGCGCACCAAAAGCUUGCUCGUGAGCAGCGACGCCGAAACCAAGAAGCACAUGCACGUCGUCACGAUCCUAGCAGCAAUGAGCCAUGGAGCUUCGAAUUCGGUGGCGAGUCCGACGACGAGUACUCCGAAGCAGGUCGCAGCUCUCGCACCUCAGGUCGGGACGAUGAGCGCUCAAUACAUCGUGCUCGCAUCCAUGAACGCCAAGAGGCCUCCGGCAGCCACGAAGCCAACAUGGAGACUGCUUUUCGUUCUCCGACACCUGCUACCGAUUCCAAUCUUGUGACGGGUCUGGAAGGUACCAUGUACGGUCCCUACGAUACUGAAUUCAUUCGCGAGCGGACGCCAAGCGUUGCAGGUAGCAGUUUGUCGCACCUUAGUGACUGCGAGGAGGAUAUACCCGAGCACUUUCGCUAUGUCCCCUUGAUGACCACUCAGUCUGCUUGGGAAGCGUUCAAAGACACCGUGUUGGGCCUUGAGUAUCUACACUACCAGAACGUCUACCACCGUGACAUCAAGCCUGCAAACCUGUUGGUCACAAGAGAGCAUCGCAUCAAGAUCUCUGACUUUGGUGUUUCUUACCUAGGCCGUUCGAAGACCGAGGAAAGUAAUGGAGACCAGUCAGAGUCCGAACAUCAAGAGGAAGACGAAGCUGUCGAACUAGCCAAGACAGUCGGCACACCAGCAUUUUAUGCACCUGAGCUAUGUCGCACAGAUCCAGAUGCCGACACGCCAAAGAUCGAUGGUGGCAUCGACGUAUGGGCACUUGGUGUCACUCUCUACUGUUUGAUCUAUGGUCGUGUACCUUUCCACGACCAGAAUCCUUUCACGCUCAUGAAGGUCAUUAGUGAGGAAGAGCCUUACAUUCCAAGGUAUCGCCUGAAGCCUGUCGUAGAACACCCUACAUCAAGGCCGAGUUCACACGGUCGCAACGGCCAGCCAAUGGUCAGCAGCAAGCGAGCCCCUCACGAUCUUGAGUACGAAGAGGUCGAUGAACGCUUGCGUGACCUUUUGCAGCUUCUGCUGGUCAAGGACUCCCGUCACCGCAUUACUAUACCAGAGAUCAAGCGUCACCCCUGGGUGCUUUCUGGUAUUUCAAACUCCAACUCAUGGGUUGAGGAGACCGACCCCGGCAGAUCCGCCCAAGGCAAAAAGAUUGAGAUUUCAAACGAAGAUCUAGACAAAGCUGUGGUUCCUAUUGGCUGGGUAGAUCGAGUUCGCUCAACAGUCAAGAAGGGAGCGGAUUUCGUUACCAAGAGCUUCUCCCGCAGUGCGGGCUCGAGACGUCGGGCCCAAAGCUCUGUCCACAACCAGGAUGCGCCCCCUAACAUCAGCGCGAACUCGUCCAGCAUUGGAGGCGAUGACGAUGCACACGGCGUACCAAGUCUCGCUGUCAGCACUUCCAUGGCAUCUGGUCAUGUUGACCAGCCAGACGCACUGAAGGACCUGUCGCCUGUUGCCCGUACCGCUUCUCCUGCCAUCUCGGAACCCCGGUCUAUUAAUCGGUCAGAUUCCGCAUCCGCAUCACGACAGUCCUCUUUGUCUUCAUUGUCCUCGCGACUUCACCGCAACUGGGCGCAUGCGAACGAGCUUGAGGUUGGCCCGACGCUGGAUUUUCCAUCGUCAUUCAAAUCAGACCACUAUAUCCCACUUACGGCUCCCAUACACCCUGGCCAUACUCAGCCAACCCCGUCUGCCUCGCCAUUCGCUCGCGAAACAUCAGACAUGAGGUUCAACAAAGCGAAAGAGGAGUUGAUUCGACGAAAAGUUCACGAAGCGAACAUCAGCCGUGAACGAUCGAAUUCGGCGGCAAAGAGUCGUCCUUCUUCAGCCAUCGGCCACAUUGCAUGUCCUCCUAGCCCCGACGAUGAAACCUUCUUUCAACGGCAGAAGGUUGAAGAUUACCUGAGCCGCCACGACCCGUCCUCCGAGAAUAGUCCUGUUGGUGGUCAAGAGCGAGGCCUGGCUUUCUGUUCAUCAGAAGAACAAUUCACCCCAAUGUCACAGUCUACAUCCAACCCAUCCAUCCCGUCUGUUGCUUCGGCUGGCUCGUCAGCGCCAGAUGAAUGCUCAGCACAUGAUAACUAUCAAGGCAUGAUCGCUACAGCGUCAGCUGACUCAAUCCACCACAAUCAGUUCGAAGCCCCGCUUGAUGACCCUGCUGGCUACGACGGAGAUCAUGCAAUCGACAGCGACGAUAGCGACAGCGAGGAAGAGGCACUCUUUUUUGGCAAGCCAAAAUCCACGAAGCCGCACCGCAGCGAAUCCAUUACAGUCGCCGAGGUCGCUCGCUCCAGCAUCCACAAGGACAUCGGACACAAUCGCCGUCGGUCAGCGCGCAGUGGUAGCAACGGCACCGUGAAGAAGAUACCACCUCCAGGCGAAACUGUGAGCGACACCGCAGCCGAAGCAAACUGACAUCUCUAUUGUCACCACUGCACACAUUGAAUAUUGAAUUAUACGUUGCUGAAUGUACAACUAUGCAUGCAUUGGAUUUGCUGCUUCUCAUGUACAACUACAACUACACAACCAAAACAUCUCGAUUUGAAGGGCAGGCGCUGGGCGUUUCUUCCCUUGGAUCCUGGUCAUGCAUGCAUCGUCAACGGUGUUAGCAUUAAGAAAACGGGCGGGCGUUUAUCAACUUUGACAUUAUGUGUCUUAUCCACUUUCUGUAGUUAUCCUUCUCUACUUCUACACACUUAUACUUUUGGGACGAGGCAUGAUUGGGCAAGGCGGCGGAAGAAACAUGUUGCAAAUGAAGGACGACGUGACGAUUAUACCUUGUUUCCUAUAUAUCCCACAGGGAUGCAGAGUUGAUGGAGUGUAUGCGUUUUCUUACUUCACUGUAACGCAUAGAGACAGGAAGCAUCUCGUAUUCGCAUGAUAGACGGUGUCUUUGGGUGGCGCAAGCAAGUCAGUGUAGUAUACCGAAUCUCAAACUCAAGUCACGCAAUUGCGUGAGUAAUCGC